AUGGAUAUUACAGCCAUAUAUAACAAUUCAUUUUGUGAACGAUAUACAUUAGAUGGGAUAUUUUCCAAAUUGUCCUACGUGAGCUCGCUUUCCAAAUUGGCUGUUUUACGAGAAAAUAGAAACACAAAUAUUCAAACUGAUGCUUUACUUGCUGUUAAAUUGGACCCUGCAGUCUUGGAAGCACAAGUGACUAUUGACAAUAAUGAUUACCGUAAUAAACCACUAAAAGAAGUAAAGGAAGUACAACCACGUAAGAAGACAAAAGGAACUAAUUUAACUGCAGAUUUUGAAAAUGCAAUGUGCUUACAGCGAGCAGCGCUUUUUUCGUUGUCUCCACAGCAAUACAGUCUCUUAAUGAAAUAUGUAGAAACACUUCGUCAACAACGUAUGUCGCUACAAAAAACUAUGGAAUGUGGGUUUUGCAAAAACAAUGGCCACCCAGAAGUAUGGUAUACAACUCACGCUCUCAAAGACAGAAAGGGUCGUGUGAAAUGUCCCAUCCUUCGAACCUUGUCAUGUCGACGCUGCGGCGCCACUGGAGAUCAAGCGCAUACUAUUAAAUAUUGCCCUCUA